AUGAGCGAGUCUCGAGAUUUGCAAAUAGAAACCGUUGGAGAGAUCGAUCGUCCUCCUACGUCAGGACCCAGCACGGUCCAUUCAUCUCUUGGGGCAGGAACACCGACUGAGAGCGAUUCUCGCAAUGCGCCCACGGGCACAGACGAUGAAGUGAUUGCAUCAAAUUCUACAAAGGAAAAGACAUCGACUGGGAGUGAUCCUAUAUCACAAACAGGCUCAGCCAUUCCCGGAUUGGGCUUCAUCAACAGUUCUGCCCAGCAACAAACAACAAGCGGUCCAUCUCAGCUCAUCGAAACCCAGCCACAGACUCUUCCGGCCCAACCUGAACUGCAAAAAUCAAGCAAAGAACUUGCACAGGAAUCAUCAAAUGCACAGGAAUCAUCAAACGCGAGCGUAGGCUCCAACGAACAGCAGGCGGCGAACGGAGCGGAUGCGAUGGAAGUCGACAAUCACACCACACCUAUCGCCGAGACGAAUAUCGUUCGGGCGGAGGAAAUGCUGCAGGAUAAUGAGAUGGACGAAGGAGAGGAUGGUCAUCCCGAGUGGGAGGUUGACUCCGAUCCAUAUGAGUCUUCAUCAGAGAGUUCCACGUCCUCUGAUUCAUCCGACAGUGACGACGAAGAUUACCCUAUUCUCAGUCCCGAAGAACAAGCCCGAAUUCUCAUGCUCGCCGAGGGCGGUUCAGACGACGAAGGAAAUGACAAGGGCAAAGCUGGUGGCAAGAUUCGCUCCACCAAUGAGGUUGACGAGGAUGUUCUGCCCAUCCCAGAACUUGAAAUCACACCUGACAUGAAGAUUGUGUUGUUGGGCAAGGUCCAAACCGCAAUUGAGAAUGCGGUUCUGAUCGAGGCUAGCACCUCUGGUGAGUAUCAAGUCCUUGAGUCAGGCUCACUGCUGUGCUCUGAGGAUCGCAAGAUUUUGGGGGUGGUCUCAGAAACACUUGGCAGAGUUGAGAACCCUUUGUACACAGUGAUGUACAAGACAGCCGAAGAAGCGCAAGAGAAGGGCAUGGUCAAGGGGUUGCCAAUCUAUUACGUUGAAGCACACUCCACCUUCGUGUUCACCCAGCCUCUGAAGGGCUUGAAGGGUAGUGAUGCAUCCAACUUCCACGACGAGGAGGUCGCUGAGGAUGAAAUCGAGUUCUCAGAUGACGAGGCGGAAGCAGAAUACAAGCGCAAGCUGAAGCAAAAGCGCCAAGAGCGCAAAGGAGCUGGUGAAGGGGGUGCUGCUCGUGGAAAGAAGGGACCUCCUGGUCCUUCGAAAUUGAGCCACAACGAGCUGAACUAUGACGAUGAUGGUGCAGCAGAGGAGGGAUACACACCGCUAGCCCGCCCAACAAACCUGCAUGAGAUGAUGGGUGCUCGGGAGGCGCCUGUGGAAGGCACCGAGCGCGCAGGGCCUAGUUUCCGUGGCGGCCGUGGUCGUGGCCGAGGCUCUGAACGGGGUGGUCGUGGAGGACGUGGUCGGGGUGGUGCUGGCCGUGGGGGCUCAUGGGAGAGAGAUCAGGAUCAUCGAUCUCAUCAACAGCAGAACGGUAGCACCUCGCAGUACGGACAGCCAUCGGCAGCUCCCCAAUCUCAACACUCUGCACCCUACGGGCAGCCCGGGUUCCCACAGCAGCAAGCAUACGGCAUGCCUCAGCCCUUCGUUGGCUACCCACAGUACCCUCAGCAGCAGCAACAGCUUCCUAAAUUUGGACAAGGUCAAUCGCCGUCGCCGUUCCCCUUCCAGUUCCCGUUCCAGCAGCCGUUCGCACAGGCAUCCCCAUUCCCAGCAUUCCCACCUGGUGCUCACAUCAACCCUCUCUUCCUUGCCGCAUUGCAACAGCAACAGCAACAGCAGCAAUAUCAGCAGCCUCAACAGGCCCAGCAAGCCCCGCAAGCGCCUGGUCAGGCACAGCCGCCGAACCCUGCAGCUAUGAAUUUUGACCAAGUGAAAGCCCAAUUGGAUCUUCUGCGACAAUUGAGCAAUGCCAACCAAGGGCCCCCUCCUUCAUGA